CACGUGAUGCUGAGGAGUUUAAAGGGACACAUGAGACUGGCUCUAAAAAAAGCAAAGAGAAAACUGUUGAACAGCCAAACAUCAGCUCAGUUGGCAUGACAACUGAAAUGGCACAAAAACUGUUUGAACGAAUGAAAACUGUCCUCUCAAACCGUGAACAAAGACAACAGUUCAACUCUGCUGAGGAGUUUUUUCAAUAUUUUGGCACAUCACAGGAAAUGUUUCAGAUAGCACAUUCUCUGCUUACCAAACGGACAAGCAUUGUUCUACAACGGAAACCGCAAGAUGUUUGGAUAAACCAGUACAAUCCAGAUCUACUUCGCUGCUGGCAAGCAAACAUGGACAUUCAGUUUGUUGUGGAUGCAUAUUCAUGUGUGGUGUACAUUAUAUCAUAUGCCCUCAAAAGUGAACGAGAAAUGGGACUGCUGCUUGAUCAGGCUCAAAAAGAGGCCAUGAAUGGAAAUUUGCAAGCCAAGGAGUCAAUGAAAAAAAUAGGCACAGUUUUCUUGCAGAGCCGCCAAGUUUCAGCACAAGAAUGUUGUUACAGAUUAACUGGCCUACCGCUCAAACAGUGUUCACGUGGAACUCAGUUCAUCCCAACUGGUGAACAUCCUGUCAGAAUGAGUGUACCGUUGAGUCAACUUAAACAGCAACAAGACAGCAAUCAGACUGAUGACCAGCAUUUGUGGAUGACAAACAUUGUGGAGCGAUACAAAAACAGACCAAACACACAACCAUUUGUAAACAUGUGCCUUGCAACAUUUGCCUCAGAGUACAGAGUUGUUUACAAAUCACAAAUUCCCAAAGGUGAUAACCAUCAUGUGAUCCAGUUGCAAAAUAACUGUGGGUUUAUUACCAAAAGAGUUAAUGAGGAGAAACCUGCUGUGAUCAGAUAUGCUAGAUUGUCACCAACAAAGCAGCCUGAAGCCUACCACCACAGCAUACUUCAACUAUUUCUGCCCCAUUAUUUGGACUGCCAACUGAAACCUGCACAGUUUGAAACUUACAAAGACUUUUAUGAGCAUGGUGCUGUGAACAAUGAGAACAACACAUUGGAAAAUGUCAAAUCCAUAGUGGAGAGAAACCGUGACCUGUUUGAGAAAGAAGCUGAGCAAAUAGAUGAAGCUGAAAAGAUGCUCAAAGAAAAUGGAGAACUGGAAGAUGCAUGGGCACAGAUAUGUCCUCAAACUGAACUUGAAAGGCUGGAAUGUCAAAAAUUGAAAGAAGCAGACAUAAAUGAAGGAAAUGAUGAACACUGCAGUGAUGCUAACAUCCCAGAUCUACAGCCUAACAGACAAACUGUUUACACAAUAGAGGCUAAUGCAACUCAAAUGACAAGAGCUGAUGCUUUGCAGUUGUUACGAUCUUUAAAUGAGAAACAAUCUGCAAUUUUCUACAAAAUUCGACAGUGGUGUUUGCAGAAAGUCAAUGGUGAGAAUCCUCAGCCCCUAAAAGUAUUCAUUACCGGUGGAGCAGGAACAGGCACAAGCCAUUUGAUCAAGGCUAUUUAUUAUGAGUCAACUAGAAUUCUCAAAAGACUCCAUCCUGAUGAACCAGAUGCCACUACUGUUGUACUAACAGCCCCAACAGGUGUAGCUGCCUACAACAUAAACGCAAACACUAUACAUAAUACCUUUUCAAUUGGAACAGAUCUGUCCCUACCCAUCAAAGAUUUGACAGAAGAGAAGAUCAACUCUUUGCGUGCAAAACUAGGAAACCUUGAAAUAUUAAUCAUUGAUGAAAUAUCCAUGGUUGACCAUUCACUCUUAUCAUAUGUCCAUGGAAGACUGAGACAAAUCAAGCAACCAGGUAACAACACCCCAUUUGCUGAAGUGUGUAUUCUUGCAGUUGGAGACUUUUAUCAGUUGCCCCCAGUCAAAGGUUCUGCUUUGUACAAUGACUUCAAAUACAUAAACCUGUGGGAGGACGAAUUCCAUAUUGCUGAGCUCACUCAAAUAGUCAGACAAAAGGACUCAGACUUUGCUCAUGCCUUGAAUCGCUUACGCACUCAUACAAAGGGCACACCUCUCCAAGACCGUGAUGUUGAAAUGCUCAAAAGUUGUGAGACUGGAGAAGACAACGAUGCUUUACACAUUUAUGCUACAAACAACGAGGUUGAUCAUUAUAACCUGAAAUGCUUAAAUGAGACCUGUGCAGAGCGUGUCACCAUAUCAGCACGUGAUUAUGAGAGAAAUGCUGAAACAGGUAGACUACAGCUAAAAGAUGGCCAUCAUCACAAAGUGUACAAAACUUGUCUCCAGAAAUAUAUCCAUGUAGGAAUAGGAGCUCGUAUCAUGCUGCUGAAAAACAUUGAUGUGUCUGAUGGGCUUGUAAAUGGUGCUUUUGGAACUAUUGCUAACAUGGUGCUUAACGAUCCAGACAUUGAGGGCAAUUACUUCCCAACUUCCAUCCACGUGGCAUUUGAUGACACCAAGGUUGGUCAAAAACAGCGGGCAAAAACACACACCAUUGACCCUGAAGGGAGAACAAUAACCAUCCUGGAACCUGAGGAAGAAAAUGUUACCCGUAAUGGAGGCUUACGCAGACAAUAUCCAAUAAGGUUGGCAUGGGCGUGCACUAUUCACAAAGUACAAGGCUUAACCAUUGACAGAGCGUUUGUGUCUCUCAGCAAGAUUUUUUCACCUGGACAAGCGUAUGUCGCUCUGAGUCGUGUUACGAGUCUAAGUGGCUUAACAGUUAAGGACUUUAAAGAAUCUGCCAUUUAUUGUAAUGCAAAAGAGGCCAGAAACCAUCUCAAGAUUCACCUGGACCCCCUGGACAGACCAUAA